ACUGGCUUCCUCCCUUUCCUGCCUCCUGCUCCCUGGCAAGACUCAGGACGGAGGGGAGAAGAGAGGAUGGAAAAAUCAGCCCAGUAGCCCCAGGCUGAGCAGCCAGAUUAAGUCACUGACCGUGGGCCCCGCUUGUCCUGGCUGGCCUGGUCAGCCUCCGGAGUAUGGUCUGGCUGGGGGCCCCUUUGCUGCUCCCCAUCGUCUUCUUGGCUUCUCAUGUUGGCGCAGCGGCGGACCUGACGCUGCUGGCCGACCUGCGCCUCACAGAGCCGCAGAGGUUCUUCCUGACCUGCGUGUCUGGAGAGGCUGGCGCUAGCAGGGGUGCAGACGCCUGGAGCCCGGCUCUGCUGCUAGAGAAGGACGACCGCAUCGUACGCACUCCCCGGCCCUGGCCGCCCACGCAGCUGGCCCGCAAUGGAUCCCAGCGCAUCACGCUGCGCGGCUUCUCCCGGCCCUCGGACCUGGUGGGCGUCUUCUCCUGCGUGGGCGGUGCGGGGGCGCGGCGCACGCGCGUCCUCUACGUGCAUAACAGCCCAGGAGCCCACCUACUCCCUGACAAGGUCACACACACAGUGAACAAAGGCGACACGGCUGUGCUUUCGGCACAUGUGCACAAGGAGAAGCAGACAGAUGUGAUUUGGAAGAGCAAUGGAUCCUACUUCUAUACCCUGGACAGGCAUGAGGCCCAGGAUGGGCGGUUCCUGCUGCGGCUCCCAAACGUGCAGCCAUCAUCAAGCGGCAUCUACAGUGCCACCUACCUGGAAGCCAGCCCCCUGGGCAGCGCCUUCUUUCGGCUCAUCGUGCGGGGCUGUGAGGCAGGGCGCUGGGGACCAGGCUGUACCAAGGAAUGUCCAGGCUGCCUGCAUGGAGGUGUCUGCCAUGACCAAGAUGGCGAGUGUGUAUGCCCCCCUGGAUUCACUGGUACCCGCUGCGAGCAGGCCUGCAGAGAGGGCCGUUUUGGGCAGAGCUGCCAGGAGCAGUGCCCAAGCACGGCAGGGUGCCGGGGCCUCACCUUCUGCCUCCCAGACCCCUAUGGCUGUUCUUGUGGUUCUGGCUGGAGAGGAAGCCAGUGCCAGGAAGCCUGUGCCCCUGGUCAUUUCGGGGCUGAUUGCCGCCUCCAGUGCCAGUGUCAGAAUGGCGGCACUUGUGACCGCUUCAGUGGCUGUGUCUGCCCCUCCGGGUGGCAUGGAGUGUACUGUGAGAAGUCAGACCGGAUUCCCCAGAUCCUGGACAUGGCCUCAGAACUGGAGUUCAACUUGAAGACGAUGCCCCGGAUCAACUGUGCAGCCGCAGGGAACCCUUUCCCAGUACGGGGCAGCAUGGAGCUACGCAAGCCAGAUGGCACAGUCCUCCUGUCCACCAAGGCCAUUGUGGAGCCAGAUAGGACGACAGCCGAGUUCGAGGUUCCACGCUUGGCUCUUGCAGACAGUGGGAUGUGGGAAUGCCGUGUCUCCACGUCUGGUGGUCAAGAUAGUAGGCGCUUCAAGGUCAAUGUCAAAGUGCCCCCGGUGCCCCUGACUGCUCCUAGGCUCCUGGCCAAGCAGAGCCGCCAGCUCGUGGUGUCCCCGCUGGUCUCCUUCUCUGGGGACGGACCCAUUGCCUCUGUCCGCCUGCACUACCAGCCCCAGGACAGCAUGGCCUGGUCUGCCAUUGUGGUGGACCCCAGUGAGAAUGUGACAUUAAUGAACCUGAGGCCGAAGACAAGAUACAAUGUCCGUGUGCAGCUGAGCCGGCCAGGGGAAGGUGGGGAGGGGGCCUGGGGGCCUCCCACCCUCAUGACCACAGACUGUCCCGAGCCCUUGUUGCAGCCACGGCUGGAGAGCUGGCAUGUGGAGGGCCCUGACCGGUUGCGAGUGAGCUGGUCCUUACCCUCGGUGCCUGGGCCACUGGUGGGCGAUGGUUUCUUGCUGCGCCUAUGGGACGGGGCACGGGGACAGGAGCGGCGGGAGAACGUCUCAUCCCCCCAGGCACGUUUCGCCCUCCUGACUGGACUCACACCUGGCACCCACUACCAGCUGGAUGUGCGGCUCUACCACUGUACCCUCCUGGGCCCUGCCUCACCCCCCGCACGCGUGCUUCUGCCCCCCAGCGGGCCCCCCGCCCCCCGACACCUCCGUGCCCAGGCUCUCUCAGAUUCUGAGAUCCAGCUGACAUGGCAGCGCCCAGAGGCUCCGGCUGGGCCUAUAUCCAAGUACAUCGUGGAGAUGCAGGUGGCUGGGGGCUCAGGAGACCCACUGUGGAUGGAUGUGGACAGGCCUGAGGAGACAAGUACCAUUGUCCGUGGCCUCAAUGCCAGCACACGCUACCUCUUCCGUGUGCGGGCCAGCGUCCAGGGUCCCGGUGACUGGAGCAACAUGGUAGAAGAGUCCACGCUGGGCAACGGUGAGUGGGCAAGGCCCAUGGGGACUCCUGGGCCCUGGGGAUCUGCUAGCCUAGUGCUGGGCAAAUCAUGUAGCCCACUGGCCGUAGACCUGACAUCUCUGCCCCACCCACCUGACCCCCAGGCUGCAGCCUCUAUCUGUGGACAUCUAUCCACCAGACGGCCCAUCCACGGCUCCAUCUCCUAUGAUUCUGUCUCAGGCGAGGAGACCAUCCUGCAGUUCAGCUCAGGCACCUUGACACUGACCCGGCGACCGAAACCACAGCCGGAGUCCCUGAGUUACCCAGUGCUGGAAUGGGAGGACAUCACCUUUGAGGACCUCAUCGGAGAGGGGAACUUCGGCCAGGUCAUCCGGGCCAUGAUCAAGAAGGACGGGCUCAAGAUGAAUGCAGCCAUCAAGAUGCUGAAAGAGUAUGCCUCUGAAAAUGACCAUCGUGACUUUGCGGGAGAACUGGAAGUUCUGUGCAAAUUGGGGCAUCACCCCAAUAUCAUCAACCUCUUGGGAGCCUGUGAGAACCGAGGUUACUUGUAUAUCGCUAUUGAAUAUGCCCCCUAUGGGAACCUGCUAGAUUUUCUGCGGAAGAGCCGGGUCCUGGAAACAGACCCAGCUUUUGCCCGAGAACAUGGAACGGCCUCUACCCUCAGCUCCCGGCAGCUGCUGCGUUUUGCCAGUGAUGCUGCCAAUGGCAUGCAGUACCUGAGUGAAAAGCAGUUCAUCCACAGGGACCUGGCUGCCCGAAAUGUGCUGGUCGGAGAGAAUCUGGCCUCCAAGAUUGCUGACUUUGGCCUUUCUCGGGGGGAGGAAGUUUAUGUGAAGAAGACAAUGGGGCGUCUCCCCGUGCGCUGGAUGGCCAUUGAGUCUCUGAACUACAGUGUCUAUACCACCAAGAGUGAUGUCUGGUCCUUUGGGGUCCUCCUCUGGGAGAUUGUGAGCCUUGGGGGCACACCCUACUGUGGCAUGACCUGUGCCGAGCUCUAUGAGAAGCUGCCUCAGGGCUACCGCAUGGAGCAGCCUCGGAACUGUGAUGAUGAAGUGUACGAGCUGAUGCGGCAGUGCUGGCGGGACCGUCCGUAUGAGCGACCCCCCUUUGCCCAGAUCGCGGUGCAGCUGGGCCGAAUGUUGGAAGCCAGGAAGGCCUAUGUGAACAUGUCGCUGUUCGAGAACUUCACUUACGCAGGCAUCGACGCUACAGCUGAGGAGGCCUGAGCUGCCGUCCAGCCAGAACCAGGCUCUGCUGGCCAGAGCAAACUGCUCUCCAGUCUGUGACUUCUGAUCCUUGUAGCCUCUGACCUGAGCUGCCUCAAGGAAUUUUUUUUAACUUAAGGAAGAAAAGAGGGGAUUCAGGGAUGGGGCGGGUUAUGGGGAACUGGGUCUUUCUCCUUGGCAGUUGCUCCCAUGCUUCCUGCAGUUACUCUUCCAGCUACCUUCACGUCGUUCCUUCUAGCCCAGCUGCUCCACACACGUGCUCCUCAUCUCCUCCCCACACUCAAACCUCUACUUCUGCUCCUCCCCCCAAGCCAGCACUCACACCACUAACACGCCCUGUUCAGUUACUCCCUACUCUCAGCCUCGUAAUCAGAAAAAAUAAAUGCUUUGAGAAGCUCCA